UGAUUGGCCGAUAGACCCUAGGCCACUGCUUCUUCAGCAGAGUGUCAACACAGAUCUGUCAAGCUGUUGUUUGUAGAUGAAAUAUCACCAGAAAACUUGUAAAUUACAUCUUUAGCAUUGUAUAACGGCUUGUUUAUCAAGAUGACAGUAGCAGAAUUCUUCGGGUGUGGGCUAAUCGCCUUUGGACCUCCUCUAGCGAUGUUUGGGCUAACGAUAGCCACAGAUCCUAUUCGGACUAUAAUGCUGGUCGCCAGUGCAUUCUUCUGGUUGCUGGCACUGCUCUUCUCAUCAAUAUUAUAUACAGCAGUAGUACAACUACAAGAUUACUUGGUAUUUGGAGUAAUCUGUUCUGUCUUGUUUCAAGAGCUAUUUAGAUUUUUAUGGUUCUUGCUGAUACAGAAAGCAGAGGGAGGUUUAAAGAAAGUCAGUGAUGGUAACAUGCAGAUUGUUGAGAAUAAACACAUUUUGGCUUAUGUGUCUGGCUUGGGCUUCGGUAUGAUUUCUGGCGCCUUCUCUCUCGUGAAUGUGCUAGCUGAUAUGACAGGACCCGGAACCAUUGGCAUGAAAGGUGACCCCAAAAACUUCUUCAUUGUCUCAGCCGUUACAAGUCUUGCAUUCAUCUUGCUCCAUGUCUUCUGGGGGAUCCUCUUUUUCAAUGCCCUCCAUCGCCGUGCUUAUCUGCAGCUGGCUUAUGUUAUCCUGUGCCAUAUGCUGGCCUCCUGUAUAACUCUUAUGAACCCUAUCUAUUCUGUCACCAUCCCAACAAUCUGGAUUCUAACAAUCCUGUCAGGGGUGCUGGCCUUCAUUGUUGCUGGCGGCUCGCACAGAACCAUCCAGUCGGCCUUCCGAGGCCGUCCACAGGUUCUACAGGUCAAUGCUGAUGCCACUGGCAACUUCACACAAGUUGGAGGGAUGUGAGACCCCACCCCAACGACCUCUUACUUAGGACCUAUUACCUUACACCUCUAGGAGAAGCAUCCUCUUAUAUUUUGUGAAACAAGGAGGAUGUGAUUUUUGUAUUUCAGAUAUUUGUGGGCAGCAAAGUUAAAAUGAGAAGCAGUUGUCCUUAACAACAUAUUUUGAGAUGCUCUAGAGGGUGGAGAUUCAUAGUUUGUGGUGUAACACUGAAGAAAGGAUUAUUUUCUAGUAUCAGAACUGCUCCCUGAAUAGAAAGGAAGUUUAAUAAUUUGCUUUAUUAAAACUAAUUCAAUAUUUGCACUGAGUAACUGCUAAAGUAGGAACUUUUUUUUUACGGAAUUUACUACUAUUGUGAUAUUUCCAAAGCUGCGUAAUAUUAAGAUGACUUAUUUAUAUAAUUUGUCUUUAUCUCGGUAGGGUUGUAUAACUUCUGUAAAUCUUGAAUUUCAGGUCAUUGUUUCUUGUUUCAUCAGGACAUUGAUUAAGUUGGUGACUUCAGAUUUAGCAAUUAAUUAUGUGUUUUACUAGGAAAUAGUAGAUAUUAAGAAAAAAUUAUGUGUCAUUGGCAUUAAUUUGUGAUGUGGAACUAUAUUAUAAUGGAAAAUGCUUUGAAGUACCUUUAAAAGUUCAUUUUCACAAUUUUUUUAAAAUGUGAGAAUUGUACAUGCUCUUUGAAUAUCAGAAUUUAAGACAGAAAUUUUGGUUGGAGUUAUUAACCUAUUUAUAUAUGUGCUGUUCACUGUGAUUUAGUUUAUUAAUUUUGUUUAUUUAGAGAUGGCUGCAUGAAUGCUUAGUCAUCAGGGGGGCAGUUACUAGGGUCACUUGUUUUCAACUGUUUACCCCAUUCCUUGAAUUUUUGUAAAGAAAAGCUAAUUUUGAAAAAAUGAUUUUGUUAUUGUUAUUGAAAUUAUAACAUUAAUAAAGUUAAUAAGAAUAAUAGCUACAUAACUAAUCAUAAUGAUAGUAUUAGAAAUUAUUUUUUCCCCCUGAAUCUAAGGAGUGUGGUAAACAGAUGAUGUCAGAUAGAUCUAGUAACAGACUCGGUGAUUGUGAAGCCAAAUCAAAGCUAAGCUACAGUGGAUGGGCAUGUAUCUUUGCCAAUGGGUUACUGGAAAAGUAGAAAAGAUGCAAUAGGACAGUCUAACUGGAAAGAACUGUAAUAAUAUUUUUUAUGUAAUAAGUGAUUUUUUAUGCUAAAAGCUUUGUACAAAGUUGUCAAUGGUGGCUUCAGAACGAGAUAGAUUUGAAAGGAGUGUUCAUUGCUGUAUUCACUAUAUUUUAACCCAAUAACUACAGAUUUAUGUACUGUCCCCUGUAGUUUUUGUGAAUUUUGUUGCAUACAGAUGGCUCCACAUGUGCCCAGCCAGCAAAGAAUCUAUCAGUAGGCCCUAGUGACUGCUUCUGAUUAUCCCAUUCCUUGAAAGUGUGGGAAAAUGUGUUUUUCUUUCUAAUACUACUGAUAUCGAUACUGUUAUUAUUCUUACUGAUAGUAUGAUUAUUAGAUUGUUAUUAAAAUCUUGGUUACAUUAAAGACAAUGAUAUGAUACAAAAGAAACUUUCCAAAAAUCAAGGAAAAGGGUAAACAGGUGAGAUAGAUUGGACUAAUAACUGACUCCUUGGUGGUUAAGCACUUGUAGAGCCAUCAUUGUGUAUAUACAAUAAAUGAACUUUUAAUGCAGUGGGCUUGGCAUGCAUUCUUGCCAUACGUGCCAGUUGUAAAAGGUUAAUAGAUUGGGAAAAUAUUUGGAAAUCUUAUUAAUUUGAGGAGAGACUUCAGUGCUUAUGAUUGCAGUAAUGUACAUUCAUAUAAAGUAAUAAUUCAUAUAAACUAAUUUAACAGAGUAUCAGUGGAAUAAAUAGAGAAGUUGGUGAGGACAUACUCACAUAAAAGGGAAUAUUGAAAGGAGAGAAUUUCUGUUUUGAAUUGGAAGUAUUUUACUAAAAUGAUUGUUAUGCUGGAGAGUGUAUAUUUUGGACUUGAUAAUCUAAAAAAAUGCAUUUUUUUUUUUCUUGUUUACAUUAACUAUGAAGAGAAUAGUAGGUGCCAUUUUUUUCACAAAAUGAGAGUUCUGUUCAAUUUGUACUUACAUACUUUUUGGAUAUUACUAUGCAUAUAUGCAAUAGAGAAGUUUGAAGUUUUAUGUAAUUUUUAUUAUAAUUUGUUUUUAUUAUUUACCUAGAGAAUGUUUGUAAUUACGCAUUCCAUGAAAUGGAUUCUCAUGAAUGAAAAACUUCGUAGCUCAGUUCAAGCUCAUGGGACUUAAAGAUAUUUGGAAAAUGUUCUUUAACAUUUUCUGUGAAAGCUAAUCUGAUGCCAGGUAAUUGAAUAUAUCAGUUUUUAUUUACAUUAAGAGUGCAUAAUUCAUCACAUUUAAAUUGUUGAACAGUUUCAGAAGGAAUAAAUGAUGUGCAGAAGGUUGUAAAUAAGAAGUUGGAGUGAUAACUGUGUGGUGUUGCCAUUUGGUCCACAUUGCUGUAUUUUCAGUUUCAGCUAUUUUUUAAGAGAAGAUUAGAAGAGUUGCCAUUCAUAGUAAUCAAGUGAAAGCACUUGCAUAUAUCGAAAUCAAAUCAUUAGUCUUGUGGGAAAGCAUACCUGAUUUUAUAUGCAUUUGAGUUUCAAAACUAUAAGAUAUUGAUAAGGUUUGAUAUUUUUAUAAUUUAUAAAUUAUCAUGUUCUACUGAAAAGAAAAGAUUAUGAUAAGAUACAUUUAGUUUAUCCCAUCUUUUAUUAUUUUAUAAAGGAAUUUCACUGUGUAUUUAUGUCUUGAAAGAUAGAUUUUUUUUGACAACUUUUAAGUAUGUAUUACAAAGGUUGGAAGAUUGUCUUGGUGUUUGCUGUGCUAACAUGUUAUUAACAGAAUAUUCCUUGCUGCAGUUGAAUUAAUAGCCAUCUACUGUGGAUAAGUUUAAGAUACUGAUAUUGAGAAUAUUCUACAGGAGAUAUGCUGUAUGAAAAAAUUAAGUUUGGCCCAAUAUUAACUCAAAGAUAGGUUUCUUUGUCAAAAAUGGUUCCUGAAGUUAUGGAGGAGUCAGAACAGGGAAAUGCAGUGUAUGGUGAUUCAUAUUUCUAUCUUGAUACUGAAUGAAAGUUGUGCAAGAUCUUCCCUCACACUUUUCAGUGAUUAUAUAAUGGGAAUAUGACUUUCAUAUUAAAAUGUAUUAUAUGUAUUUGUAAAUAAAAAUGUUUGUAACAUGAAAGCUUACUCAAAAAAAUUG